AUGAAACAAACUAUUGGAAGCAUGGAAAUGAAGAAAAGUAGAAUUUUUCAGUUUUACAAGAUCAAAAUGUAAUAUGAGAUUAAUAAUGUAGUCAUUACAUAUUGAUUAGGAGAACUAAUUUAAAUAAGGGAAAUAUUAAUGUAAAAUUAUUCAAAGUGAAUGAUGAUGCAUUGAUAAAGAAGUAGUAUUAAGAUAAUAAACGAAUGUUACAAAUUCGAGAAUUUUACAAGUCAAUAAUGAAAACUUGA